AUGUUUCUCGUUCUCGCAGCGGUCCUCUCCGUGAUAGUGAAUGCCGGUGUCAAAGUUCGACCAUGGCCCAUGCCCCCGUACCUGGAAAACAUUUAUAAAGAGUUUUUUCUUCUCUUAAUAGAGACAUGGGAAUAUCCGCUCUGGAAUAAUCUGACAAUGGCGGAUAAAUUAUUUUACACCCUCCUCCCUUACGGUAUUUACAGGAGUGAGAUCGAGAAGCUUCCCAAAGGGGUGCAAGUAUGGAUGCAACCAUCUCUAUGGUACACGUCGGAAGGUUUGGCUCCUGCGUACUUUGUGCUUCUUCCGAACCACCCUAACAAAAUGAUUUUGCUACCAUUCGAUGACCUUUUUUGA